UGUCAAAGCGUUUGUUUUUGAUUAGUUCGGGCAACGAUUUUCCAAUUUUCCGAUUUUUCCCAACGCAGCUGCCUUCAUUGCGAUGGAAUUUUCAACUUUACCGUCAGAAGUCCAGCAGCUAAUCUUCGACGGAAUGACCUACCGGACGCGCCUAAACGCUUCCCUCGUUUGCCGCCAGUGGCACCGGCUAGCCUUCACGACCAAAUUUCUCCAGCAGACUCAACUAACGCUAGAAAUCCGACAGUCCCAGUGCCUCGCGGACGCCGUGGCCAUCUUGCAGCACUCGGAACGUUCCUACCGACAAUUGAAGCUGAUUUAUCAGGGCAACACGCAGCAAAGUCUGGUAGCGCUGACGGAGCUGCUGGAGACGGUUCGGGACAUUCGGGAGUUGGACUUGCUGUUUUUCUUUUACUGCUUCCGGGAAAAGCUGAACAUUGUGAUUGCUGAGGUGCUGGCCGAGUGCAGCUGUUUGGAGUCGUUUACGAUUGGGAUUCGGGGGAGGUUGAUGAGCUGGAUUGGUGAGAACCGGCCGGUGGCCACGGCGGCGGUUGUUGAUUUGGAGAAGGAUGCUCCGCGGUUUCCGGCGCUUAAAAGUUUGGUCAUAAAGCGAAAUCCGGAUUUGCUGCAUCCGAGGUUUUACGAAAUCUCUCAAUCGCUUCAUUCGCCCACGUUUUACGUGCCUCCGGAGCCGGAAAUGUUGCCAAAUCUGCGCCAUCUGACGAUGAACUGCGAGACGGCGACCCAGCUGCGACUGUUUGCGCACUGUGCCGAGCGGUUGGAGUCCGCGGCGAUAGUUUCGUUCGACGGUCAGGGACGGUUCGUGGAGCCCUUUCUCGAGUUGAGGCUGCCACAGGUUCAGAGUUUGAUUUUGCCUGGAUUUCGGAGAUCCGACACGGCGAAGCUGUGCCAGUUUUUGAAGGUGUUACGUAGGGUUACCGUGCUACAGAUGGAGCAGGUUCUCAUCGAUAGCGAAGUGAUUGAGACGUUGUUUGAGAAUUGUUCGACGCUGAAGCAGCUGGUUCUGUACAUGGAAUACUUGCCAGCCGGUUGCUUUCGGAACAUUGCACGGCUGGAAAAGCUGGAGAAGCUCAGGCUCGUUGGGAAGGUGCAAAAUGGGUGGGUUAACCACGAGGACUACUUUUUGGGAGCGGUUGGCGGCCAACUCCGGCUGAACUCCCUGACCAUCAGCCACUUUGUGUUCACCAGCGGAGAUUUCGCGACGAGCAUUGCGUCGGUCUUCGUCAACCUGCAAGAGCUACGAAUCUUGGAUUGCCGUGCCAAAAACAACAUCAUCGGACCCAUCGCCGAGGGUUUGUGGUUCCUGCGGAGUUUGGAAUACAACAAGGUCACCCACGGCGGAGUGCGUCCAGUGUGGCCACCGUUUUUGAACCGCGUAAAGUUGGUCAACUGUGCCUGGGCGAGCGGAGACUUCCUCAACAAGCUGCUCGAGCAAUGCCCGCGGCUCAAGCGGAUAAGUCUGUCCGCUUGCGGUGCCUCGCGGGAAGCCGUGCAGCGUGUUACGGAAGCCGCGACCGCGCGAGGUUGCGUGGUGGAGCGGACGAUGAACAUGUGUCAUAGCGAAAAGCAGAAACUGCGAAAUUAAAAGACUGAUUUGAAGGUG